CUUCUGCCCCGCACGGCCCGAAACCCGCUAGCGGCUAGCGCCUAGCGAUCCACGUGGCACGGCUCCAAUCGGAAGUGGUCCAGUCUCUGCACCGCCUCCCGGAGCUUGCUUUGCAAACCGUGGCUGCUUGUGCUGGACGCGCGUGCUAAAGGAGGGCGGUGGAGCCCUGCCAUGCAGCUCCCCAAGGACGCCACUGGGCAUGGCCCGCUGGCCUCAGUGACUAUUAUCCUCCCAGUGCGCAAUGCUGAACUGUGGCUGGAUGAAUGCUUGGCAUCUGUGUUACAGCAAGACUUUGAAGGCACCAUGGAGCUCUCUGUUUUUAAUGAUGCCAGCAAGGACAGUUCUGGGACCAUCAUUGAGAAGUGGAAGGUGAAACUGGAAGAUUCUGGCAUCUCUGUAGUGGUUGGAGGCCAUGACUCUCCUUCUCCCAGAGGAGUUGGAUAUUCUAAAAACCAAGCAAUCGCACAGAGCACUGGGUCUUACCUUUGCUUUUUGGAUUCAGACGAUGUCAUGAUGCCCCAGAGAGUGAGGCUGCAGUAUGAAGCGGCCGUGCAGCACCCAACGAGUAUCAUAGGAUGCCAAGUGAGGAGAGACCCCCCGGACUCUACAGAGCGAUACACACGUUGGAUCAACCAGUUGACAUCGGAUCAGCUGUUGACACAGGUGUUCACCUCCCAUGGCCCCACAGUGAUCAUGCCCACGUGGUUCUGCUCUCGGGCCUGGUUUUCCCAUGUGGGCCUGUUUGAUGAAGGGGGACAGGGGGUACCAGAGGACUUGCUGUUCUUCUAUGAGCACCUUAGGAAAGGGGGUGGCGUCUUCCGUGUGGACCACAACCUGCUCCUCUACCGCUAUCACCCGUAUGCAGCCACACACUCGGUCCUUGAAGUUACCAUCUGGACCCACCGUGUCCACUUCCUAGAGGAACAAGUCCUGCCCCGUUGGAAGUCCUUCACCAUUUGGAACGCAGGCAAGCAGGGGCGUAGGUUAUACCGCAGCCUGACAGCAGCCAGCCGGUGCAAGGUGGUGGCCUUCUGUGAUGUUGAUGAGAACAAGAUCAGAAAGGGCUUUUACUGCCAUGAGGAGUCUCAGGAGAGACCCAAGCCGAAGGUCCCCAUCCUGCAUCUCCAAGCUGCCCGGCCACCCUUUGUCAUCUGUGUGAAGCUGGACCUCACAGGGGGUGCGUUUGAAGACAACCUGAAGUCACUGAACUUGCAGGAAGGCCGGGACUUCGUUCACUUCAGCUGAGGCUGCCGCCAGGUGUCUGGAUUGCACCCACUGCAGGUUUCUCUAUGUCAUCCUGGAACUCACUAUGCAGACCAGACUAGCGUCAAACUCAGAGACCCGCCUGCCUCUGCUGGGAUGAAAGGUGUGCACACCAUUCCUGGAUGUUUCUUCUUCACCCAACGCAGUGAAGACCCAGCAAGAGCCAGAGUUCCUUCCAUGAGGACAGAUUUCCGUCUACCAGUGUUGAGAACACAGCUUGGUAGAGUUCCAGCUUUAUUAGGUUUCUUGUGGCCUUUUAUCUACUCUGCUCUGCUACCACCAAAAUUUCAUUUACUAGAAGCGGGGACAUGGCCUUGGGCACACAGAGCCUCUAGCUGCUCUUUCUGCUCUUCAGCUCAUAGACUACUCAUGUUCUCGCUCUCUCUGAGGUUAAAGCUCAAUGAGCAACAUUCAGCAGGCUCCCAGGCCUCGGAUAUAGACAGAUCAAAGAGACAGGCAUGGAGCUACCACAGCAGGACAGGUAAUGUACGUCCUGGGACAGGAGAUGCAAAGGAUCCAGGACCAAGGACCAGAGCUGUCCAGUAGUCCCACAGGGACACUGGAUUCUGAGGAUCUCUUGCUCAGACCAUGAUAGGACUGCUGGGGACGUGGCUGGCUCAGCAUGAGGGAGGAGAAAGCUCC